UUUAACAAAGUUUGGGUUUGGUUGGUGGAAAAACAAUAAUUGAGUGCCUUUGAUUUGAUAUAAUAUAUAGCUCCUGUGUCUUCAUUAUUACCACCCUCACUGAUUAAGUGUCUCCUUCCUUCGCAUGCACUUUCAGUUUCUUGCAGCAACCUUCAGUUUCUUCAUUGCAGCAACCAGCUUUUGCUUAGAUAUAUUUCUUUACUUUCCUAAUUAAAAAUCCAAUCAAAAAAACGAAAAACAAAAAAAAAGUAUUGCCUUCAGAUAUUCUGGUUUUCGUUUCACACCCUCGAUUUCGUUCUGUUAUCAUCACCUUCGUUUGCUUUUACUUUCAAAGGAAAAAAAAAAAAAAAGUAGUGGCAGUUCAGCUUUGUCUCGUUUGAAGGGAACUGAUCUCAUUCAUAACCAAAAGAAAAGAGAGAGGUAUAAGUUUCUUCAUUGCAGGCUAUGUAGUCCCAGUUCUAUAAGCGAAAGGAAUUUGAAGAGCCGUUGGCCACAUUCAUUACCAAAAGCGCAAAAGGUAUAAGAUACAAGGGUCUCAUUCCAAAGCCAAAACAAAAAGAACCAUGGAGAUCCUCACUGGAAUUAUUUCUAAAAUAAUCGAGUACACAGUUGAACCAGUUGGGCGGCAAGUGGGUUAUCUAAUUCACUAUAAAAGAAACUUUGAAAAUCUGAGGAGCCAAUUGGAGAACUUAGAUGCUGCUAAAGACAGGAUGAAGCAUAUGGUUGAUGAAGAUGAAAGAAAAGGUAAAAAAGUUUAUACUCACGUCCAGAAAUGGCUGACAGAACCGAAUGAGAUGAUUCAAGAGGCAAAUAAAUUAUUGGAAGACGAAGAUCAUGCAAAGACAAAGUGUUUCCGUGGAGUGUGUCCUAAUCUGGUUUCCUAUCAUCAGCUUAGUAGGAAAUCAGCAAAAUUGGCAGAAAAGAUUAAAGAACAUGCAGAAAAAACUUUUCCCACUCUUUCUUAUAAUGCUCCCCUAGAGGAGAUAUGUGCCACGCCCUCUCAAAACUACAUGGCCUUUGAAUCAAGGAAUUCAAUUGUGGAGGAAAUCAUGGAGGGACUGAAACAUCCUGAUAUCAACAUGAUUGGGGUGUACGGAUUGAGUGGUGUUGGGAAGACCACACUCGCCCAAGAAGUUUAUAGACAAGCUACAAAAGAGAACUUAUUUGAUGAGGUGGUUAUAGUCUUGGAUGUGAAAAAGUAUCCAGACUUGGAAAAAAAGGAAAGAAUUCAAAAAAAAAUUGUUGAAAAGUUAGGUAUGGAUGUUGAUGAAACUCAUGAUAUAGACGCGAGAGCGAAGCAUCUAUGGAAUAGAAUAAAAGACAAGAACAUUUUUGUAAUUUUAGAUGAUAUCUGGGAAGCAAUUGAUUUGGAGGCUUUGGGACUUCGCCCAAUGUCGACUUGCAAAAUAUUGUUGACAUCUAGAAAACGAGUCUCUGAGAUGAAUAUGGAAAAAGAGUUUCGGCUUGAAGUUUUAGACAUGAAAGAAAGGUGGAGAUUAUUUGAGAAGAUGGCAGGUGACAUUGUUGAAGAUGACCGUAUACAUGAAGUAGCAACUUUAAUAGCCAAAAAAUGUGGAGGUUUGCCGGUUUCAGUUGUUGCAGUUGCAGGGUCUCUAAGAUCAGCCACUACUUUAGAGGAAUGGAGAGAUGCCUUGAGGGACUUCAAAAGUUUUGACGAACAUGGACGGACAAAAUCAGCCUACUUGGCUUUAGAAUGGAGUUACAAUCGAUUGGAUGGCGACGAGCUUAAGCCAUUGUUCUUACUGUGUGGAAUUAUUGCAGGGAGUACCUGUACAAUUUUUCUCAAUGACUUGUUGAAAUAUGCUAUGGGUUUGAGUUUGGUGAAACAUGUUGGUACAGUGGAAGAGGCACGGGAUAAAUUGAUUUCACUAGCUACAAAACUUACUAAAGAUUAUUGUCUGUUGCUAGACAUUGAUGAUGAUGGAGAUAUUAGAAUGCAUGAGCUUGUGCGAGAUGUUGCUAUGGAGAUUGCAUCCAAAGAUAAUCACGCCAUUGCAAAAGCAUAUGGAGAUGAGCUGAAAGAAUGGCCAGAUAGGAAUUCCCUUAAAAAAUGCACUGCGAUCUCCUUAAAAUCUUGCAAGAUCCCCAGACUUCCUGAAGAACCUUGGGUAUGCCCAGAAUUGAGAUUUUUUGUCUUGGAAAAUCAUAAUAUUGAUGACCCCUUGGAAAUCCCAGACAAGUAUUUUGAAGGGAUGAAGGAACUCAAAGUGUUGGAUGUAACCAAAAUGCGUAUUCAGUCACUGCCUCCAUCUCUUAAAUCCCUAACAAAUCUUCAAACUUUAUGUUUAGAUGGGUGCGUGUUGGGGGACAUAGCUCUAGUUGGACAGCUAACAAACUUGAAAAUUCUCAGCCUUUUAAAAUCUGAGGUGAGAGAGUUGCCCGAAGAAAUAGGACAAUUGACCCGUCUACAAUUGUUGGAUUUGACUGGUUGCUCUGAACUUGUACUGAUCCCAGCUGGCGUAAUAUCAAGCUUGACAAGUCUAGAAGACUUGAGAAUGGGAAGCUUUAAGCAAUGGGAAGGUGAAGGUAGAAGAAGAAAUGCUAGUGUGUCAGAGCUGAAGCACUUGUCUAAACUAACAGCAUUAGAGAUACAAAUUCUAGAUGCUAAGCUUCUUCCAGCAAACAUGUUCUCGGAUACAAGGUUAGAAAGAUACACCAUACUUAUUGGUGAUUGUUGGCUAUAUCCUAAAAAUUACAGUGCCUCCUCUAACAUGUUAAAACUCAAGCUCACUACAAACAGUCAAUUCGACCAAGAUAUAAAAUUGCUGCUAAAGAGAUGUGAACAUUUGGAGUUGGAUGGAAUGGUGGCUGCAAAUAUUAUUUCCUAUAUAUUAGCAAGUGACAGUGGUAAACAACUGAAGAAACUCCAUGUCCAAAACAAUGAUGAAGUUACAGCUGUCAUUAACUCUAGUCAUGCCUUCCCCAUUUUGGAGUCACUAUCUCUUGACAACCUUGUUAAUUUGGAAACUGUAUGUUGUGGCCAACUCAUAGAUCAGCCUUUUCGAAAGUUACGAUCUUUGACUUUGCGGAAUCUGCCAAAGCUUAUUGGUUUCUCCUCCAAUGGCAGCAGGCCAGUUGUAACUACAGAGGCCGAAGAAAUCAUUUCGGAGAAUGAAAUUGGUGGACCCACGAAAGUUUUCAUGGAUGGGGAGGUAGGAUUUCCUGGCUUGGAGAGUUUGAUCUUCUAUGACCUACCUGCAUUGAGGACAAUAUGGCACGACAGACUUGCCCCAAACUCCUUCUGCAAGCUGAGGAAUGUUGAAGUUUCGGGAUGCGACACUCUAAUUAAUAUCUUUCCGCCAAGUAUGAUGGGAAGAUUGAAUGCUCUAGGCAUAUUAAUGAUAAAGCAAUGCAAAUCAUUACAAGUAGUAUUUGACUUUAAAGAAGCAUUCGACACAUCGAGGACUCAGUUGAAAACUUUUGAGUGCCCAAAUCUGGGUUUUGUUGUGAUGGAUUCGUGUGAGAGUUUGAAAAAUAUCUUUCCAGCCUCAGUGGCCAAAGGUCUUCAGCAGUUAAGGGAGUUGAUUGUGUGGAAUUGUGGAAUAUUGGAGGAAAUUGUUUCCAAGGAAGGAGUAGAAACGACACCUGAGUUUGAGUUUCCUAAACUAACAACUCUAAUAUUUUGGACUCUACCCCAACUAAGGAGUUUCUAUCCGGGACUUCAUGUUUCCAAGUGGCCAUUACUCAAAGAAAAUAAAGAUAGGAACUCCAAGGAGAAUCUUGAGACUGUUAUACCACACUUUCUUUUUGAUGAAAAGGUAGGAUUUCCUAGCUUGGAGAGAUUGAGUGUGGAGAAUUGUGGAAUAUUGGAGGAAAUUGUUGCCAAGGAAGGAGUAGAAACGACACCAACAGAGGAGUUUGUGUUUCCUAAUGUAACACUUGCGAAAUUUCAACAUCUACCCCAACUGAGGAGUUUCUAUCCAGGGCUGCAUAUUUCCAAGUGGCCAUUACUCGAAGACUUGAGAUUCUUUGAAUGUGGAAAAGUGGAGUUUUUUGCUUCCGAAUAUUCAAGAUUCCAAGAAAGACUUGAUUCGGGCCUUGUCUGUACACCAAUCAAACAGCCUUUCUUGUUAGUUGACAAGGAUAAUCCAUUCCCCAAGUUGAAAAAGUUGGGUUUGGACGAGAACAAGGAGAUUUGGUAUGAAGCGCAUAGUCCACUCCCAGCAGAGUUGUUUAGAAAUCUAAAAAUUUUAAGAUUUUCUUGUGUACACCCCAACUCAUUUGCUUUCGUCCAAAAAUUACGUAGUCUUGAAGAGCUCAUUGUUAUUGGUGGUCCAUGGAAAGAAAUAUUUGUGUAUGAAGGAAUUAGUAGCGGGGAAAUAGAUGCAGUUGGGAGGACCUUCCCACACAUAAAGAAUUUGGGUCUCAUCAGAAUGCAGGAGCUGAUGCAUCUGGGGAAUGACGACUGCAAAUUAAUUUUUCCAAACUUGGAAAUUCUAAAGGUGUGGCAAUGUGGCAGAUUAAAGAAUCUAACUUCAUCCGCAAUAUCCUUUCGGAAUCUAACCACUUUAGAAGUAGGAGGUUGUGAGGGACUGAAAUACUUAACAACUUAUUCGGUGGCUAAAUGCUUACACCAACUCACAGGGUUGGUAGUUUUGGAUUGUAAAAGCAUGAUAGAGCUAGUGGCAAGCAACGGAGAUGAACAAGAUUCAGGAAAUGAUUACGAGAUUGCUUUCAGUUCCUUGCAACAUUUGAAACUUUCUGAUCUACCAAUUCUGCGAGGCUUUUGCUCAUCAGAAAUUUUCACUAUCAGGGUCCCAUCAUUAAACUCCUUAAUCGUCGAGAAAUGCCCGAUCCAGUUGAAGAUUUCCCCCGAUAAGUCACUGAUCCAAAGUAUUUCAAGACCAGAAAGACAGCAAAUAACAGAGGAAGUGGAAGAAAAAGAAGAAGAAGAUGAUGACAAUGAAGCGGGAAGCAGCUACAUAUUCCACUCCUUACUCCAUAGUUUGCUCCGCACCCAGCUGUAAGUAUAUACAGGUACGAUUCAACAAGUACGUAGUGGGUACCAUUCAAUAAAUACCCAGCUGUUUCUGCCCUUGCCGUCCUUGCCGAUCUGAUCAAUGUUAACUUUUGAUAUAAGCUUGCAAGCGGCCGCCUCAAGACACAAGCCCAAGAAUUUGGAAAUUGUUGUGUGAUUUGUGUUGGCAUUCAGGCAUUCCAAUUCCUAUUGGCUUGUGUUGCCAUGUCUAUAACUGCUUUGUGAUACAAGUGUGAUUUAUAUCGUAGCUCUGUUGGUUUUGGGACCUCUCUAGUCUCUACUUUACACUUUACGGAUUCGUUAGUCUCUCAGCUGUGUCUGCUAUUGUGUUGGUUGCAAAUGGAGUCUUCAUCAGUUACCUCCUUCGUUAAUUUUGGUUUUUCCCGCUAUGUUCCGUUGCAUUGGUGCGUGCACCUAGUGAUUGGGAAAUGCUUACUCUGUGAUUUGUGCAAUUCAAUAAAUUGUAAUCAAACUCAUAAAUCUUGGUAUUUCUUCCAGUACUCUGCUCUUUUACA